AUGGCUGUGUUGAACGGAGGCUGGACUCCAGAUGGAAAUGUGACCGCAAUAACGAUGAUGCAUGAAAGCGGGACUGGAGGCGCCCCCAAAUAUGGCCUUGUUCCACAAAUGCCCUUGACGUCGAUCGAUCCGCCGGUGAACAUACUGGACAAUUUGACAUAUAACCAGCCGAGGGUCGGCCAAGAUCAAGCCAGCGUAGGAUACUACAAGACACAGCUGCAAAGUGGCGUUGAAAUAGAACUCUCAGCUUCUCGCCAUGCCGGAAUCAUUCAAUACAAUUUCCCCGCUGGAGAGAAACAUGUGCUGGUUGAUGUCUCUCAUUAUCUUCCAGGAGCACCCACAGAUUCCAACGGUCAGUAUUACAUUGCCGGGGAGAUCCAGCUUCAUGAGGAUGGACAAGCUUACUCCGGCUAUGGAACAUAUGUGGGAGGGUGGAACAAUGGGGCCCCGUUUACCGUCUACUUCUAUGGAGAGUUCGAGACGAAACCGCAAAAUGCUCGAGUCUUCAAAGGGCCAAAUACAGAUCCGAUGCGAGGGUUUCAAGGUCUCUCAAAUGGACAGCCCAGCUUCCCUGUCUAUGGUAACCAGAGCGACUCUGCAAAGUCUGGACCGAUGAACGAUCGCGUUGGUGGGAUUUUCAGUUGGAACUCGGACGAAGAAUCGAGCGUCUCCUCAAGGAUAGGGAUUUCUAUGAUCUCCACCGAGAAGGCGCAGGCUUAUAUCGGCAGUGAGCUCCCAUCAUGGAAGCUCAAUGACACGGUAGAUGCGGCCGUCGAAGAGUGGAACAAGGAUGUUUUCAGUAAAAUCCAGGUGCCCCUCGACGAGACUGCAAACUUGACUCAUAUUCGGUUGCUAUACAGUUCUCUCUACUUUAUUCAUUUGAUGCCUUCUGAUAGAACUGGCGAGAACCCGCUCUGGGAAUCGGACGAGCCAUCGUGGGAUGAUUUCUACACAAUGUGGGAUAUAUUCCGCUGCACCGUCAGCUUCUACCACAUCUUCCAGCCCGUUUACUACGAGUCAAUGAUCCGCUCGCUAAUUGACAUAUGGAAACAUGCAGGAUUCCUUCCCGAUGGGCGCUCUGGAAACUGGAAUGGAAUUGUACAAGGAGGCUCAAACGCCGACAAUGUACUCGCAGACGCAUAUGUGAAAGGGCUCCGCGGAGCCAUCAACUGGACAGAGGGCUACGCAGCGAUGAAGACGGACGCAGAGGUCAUUCCAUACAACACGCGUGACCCAUUAGAUCUGACAGCAAGCACCAAAGAAGGCCGCGGUGCGCUCACCGACUGGCUAGAACUAGGCUAUGUCUCACAGGACCGAAACACGCGGUGCAUCUCGCGGACGGUGGAGUAUAGUUUUAACGACUUUGCCAUUAGCCAGGUCGCAGCUGGUGAGAAGCCCGAGGACCAGGAGAAGUACCUCCGUCGGUCAGCGGGAUGGCAGAAUAUUUGGAAUCGUGAUGUGGAAAGUUUGAACUUCACGGGGUUUUUGGCACCGAAGUUCUCGAACGGCACGUUUAAUAACUCGGGAUAUGAUCCGCUCUAUUGCUAUGGCUGCAACUGGGCUGAUUUAAGCUAUGAAGGGACACCUUGGGAAUACUCCUUCGUGGUGCCGCACGAUACAGAAACCCUAAUCGAUCUCAUGGGCGGGCCAGAGACAUUCGAAGCCAGAUUAGACCUAAUGUUCAAACCAAACACCUCAGUCCAAGAGCUGGGCCCCAACGGCGCGGGCAUAACAACCCUCAUGAACAUCGGAAACGAACCCGACUUCGCGACACCGUACCUCUACCACUUCCUAAACAAACAGCACAAGAGCGUCCAGCGAUCUAGAGAACUCGCCCUCCAAUAUUUCCACGACACGGCCUACGGCAUCCCCGGCAACUCCGACGCAGGCGCAAUGAACACCUGGCUCCUGUGGUCCAUGCUGGGCCUGUACCCGCUCGUAACAACGCGCACCUACCUCCUCGGCUCCCCCUGGUUCAGCGACCUAAACAUGACGAUCAACGGGAACAACACGCUGCGGAUCCGAGCGUCGGGGCUGGAAAAGGGGCACUAUGUGCAGAGCGUGAAGAUUAAUGGGGAAGCCUGGGAUCGGAAUUGGUUUGACCAUGGGGAUGUUAUGGAAAAUGGUGGGGUGGUUGAGUUUGAGUUGGGGGAGGAGGCGGUUGUUUGGGAGAGUGCGGAGGGGCCGGCUUCGCCGGGGCAUGUUGUGCUUGAGGACUGA